CUGCACAGUGCGGUGAAUUGGAAAUCAAAUUGCAAAAUUCAGUUUAAAUUAACCAAGCUGUGCCUAUAACUGGUUUCAUCUAUUUAAGUCUGAUUUUUGUUUUUGAUUUCUCAGUUUGCUACAGUUCACUAUUCGGUAAAUAAACUCUGCAUUAUGCAAUAAAUGGCAAUAUAACUUUUAUUCCGCAUCUUGGUGGGUUCAUUUUAAUCAGUUGUUUCUGUGUUUGUUUUGGAUUGAAUAAAAGGUUGUUCCGUAGUAAUAUUUCCGACUUGGUGUGUGUCUUGUACUCUGGCGUUGCUGCAGCAUACUGAUCAGAUUUAGUUUAUCUUGCAGUUUAUAAACUACCCACAAUUCUAUUUAAUUCAUGCCACCUCUGGGAUCCUCAUCACAUGAUCAGCCUUUCACACAGAGUGUAAAGUCCCCAAAGCCACGUCUGUUGGGCAGCAGCAGUCCCCUGCAUUAACAGCCAGCCGUGGAUUUGUGAGCCUCCUAUUUCUGUGCUGCGACUACAUUGUCUUCUUGAUACAAUUCCAACAUGGAGGUUAGCAAGAAACUUCUGAAUUCAGUUCCUGGUUGUGUGGAUGAUGCUCUCCGUGGCCUGAUAUCUUGUUCUCCGGGGCUACGUGUUCUUCAGGGCCACCGUGUGGUUCUCCGGGCUGAUCUAGAAGGAAUAAAGGGAAAGGUAGCCCUGCUGUCUGGCGGUGGCUCAGGACAUGAGCCAGCACAUGCAGGGUAUGUCGGUCCUGGCAUGCUCACGGGAGCUAUCGCUGGUCCUGUCUUUACUUCUCCCCCAGUUGGCAGCAUUGUGGCAGCAAUUCGAGCUGUGGCAUACGCAGGGGCAGCGGGUGUUCUGUUGAUAGUAAAGAAUUACACAGGUGACCGUUUAAACUUUGGGCUGGCUUUGGAGAGGGCACGAAGAGAAGGGGUGGAGGUGGAAAUGGCCGUGAUUGGAGAUGACUGUGCAUUCACCUCGCCCAGGAAAGCAGGUCGACGUGGAAUCUGCGGGACUGUGUUAAUUCAUAAGAUUGCAGGUGCGUUGGCCGAGCAAGGAAAACAUUUACAGGAAAUAUUUCAGAUUGUGACAGAAGCUGCAGCCAGAAUAGGAACGCUAGGUGUCAGCCUCUCUCCAUGCAGCGUGCCAGGUUCCAGACCAACUUUUCAACUCGCUGUGGAUGAGCUGGAAAUAGGACUUGGUAUACAUGGAGAGGCCGGGGUGCGCAGAGACAAGAUGAUGUCCUCUGACCAAGUUGUGAAGAUUAUGAUAGAUCACAUGACAGACCCAGUCAGCCAGUCAAGAGUAAAUGUGAAAUCUGGAGAUUCUGUAAUUCUGGCUGUGAAUAAUCUGGGAGGGUUAUCAUGUCUGGAGCUGCAGAUUGUUGCCGAUUCAGCAGUGCGUUGCCUGGAGGGAAAAGGGCUACAGAUUGAACGUGCAAUGUUGGGAUCAUUCAUGACCGCUCUGGAGAUGAGUGGAGUCUCUCUAACAAUCAUGAAGUCUUCAGAGGAACUACUGAAGCUCUAUGAUUAUGAGACAGCGGCACCCGCUUGGCCCCGGGUCCCUCGUAUUCCUGUCACUGGUCAGACACGUACCUUUCCAUGUGUCCCAGAAAGUACACAGCCUAAGGAGUUGGUGCCAGAUGUUAAGCGUGUGCAGGUCUACCGUCACGUACUGGAAAACAUUUGUAAAACUCUCCUGUCCCUGGAAGAAGAGCUAAAUGAACUGGAUCGUGCAGCAGGAGAUGGGGAUUGCGGUAGCACCCAUACCCGAGCAGCCCAAGCCAUCAGGGACUGGAUUAGUAGUGGAGAGAUACCCUCACACUCUGCAAGAUUCCUCACAACAUUAUCACACGUCCUGCUCGAGAAGAUGGGUGGAUCUUCUGGUGCGCUAUACAGUCUGUUUCUGACGGCUGCUGCAAAUCCCUUGCAGAAUGAGUGUGGUCCAGAGGCUUGGGCGGCUGCAAUGGAUGCUGGGAUAGAAGCCAUGAAGAGAUAUGGCGGCGCGGAGCCCGGAGAUAGAACCAUGCUGGACUCUUUGUGUGCUGCUGCCUAUGUCCUCCAGUCACUGCGUUCCCCAAACUGUGAUGUGAUGCAUACCCUCUCUUUGGCUGCACAGAGUGCUGCUGAAGCUGCAGAGAACACCAAGAACAUGACGGCAGCUGCUGGGAGAGCUAGCUACAUUGGCUCCUCAUCUCUCAGUCUUCCUGAUCCCGGGGCAGUGGCAGUCGCUGCUAUUCUAAAAGCCGUAUGGGAGGGAUUAGGAGGAAAAUAAACUAUCCCAAUACCGUCAAUAAUCCUGCGACAUUAUGUAAAUCAGAAGUUAAUAAAGUGGAUGGUGAUUAUACCCAAAGAGCAGGUUUUCAGGACCUCAUCACGUGACCAUAGGCUGACAAUUGUGUAUGUGUUGUCUUGCCAGCAAUGGAUCUAGUACUGGAAGGAUCAAAC